ACCUGUGAAGUUUGUGAUCAACGUGAGUGAGUGAAUGGCAAGCAGAUCAAGACGAGCAGUUGUGCAACACAAGUACGCAGUUUCUGGAUUAAUCUGAGCUAAGAACCCGUGAGGACGUCUCCUACUUCAGAAGUCGGUCUUUGUAUAGCAAACGGCUGUGAGCAGGGAAGAACGCUGCAGCAAUGGGGCGCCGCAAAGGCCAGAUUGCCGCGAUGGCAGGCAGUCAGCUUGUGAAAGACAAACAUCGCAGAUCGGGACACAGAGGUGGCGGCAAUGACUCCUUCCUGCACACCACAGACUUAAAUGAUGGGGCGGAUUACAACCGCAUCAACUUUCAGUCAGUUACAGAGCAGAACAAUUUGGAAGAGUUUCUGACGACGGCUGAAAUGGCCGGGAGAGAUUUCACUGCCGAGCGACAGAACAUACAGGUGAUAAGCAACCCAGGCCAAGGCAUCAAACUGACGGAUGAAGACAUGGUGAAGAUUGCUGAAGCACAGACCACACACAAAGCUCUGCUACAGAUUCCACGCAGACCUCACUGGGACGAGCUGACCACUAAGGAGGAGCUGAUCAUGAUGGAGAGAGACUCGUUCACCGACUGGAGGAGACAGCUGAAGAUACUUGAAGAGAAAGACCACAUUCAGAUGACGCCUUUUGAGAAGAACUUAGAUUUCUGGAGACAGCUGUGGCGUGUCAUUGAGAGAAGCGAUGUCAUCGUGCAGAUUGUGGACGCCAGGAAUCCGCUGCUGUUCCGAUGUGAGGACCUGGAGGCCUACGUGAAGGAGGUGGACCCCGACAAGACCUGCAUGCUGCUCAUCAACAAGGCCGACUAUCUCAACGCUAAACAAAGGCAACAGUGGGUGGAGUUUUUCAACAAGGAAGGAAUCACAGCCGUGUUUUUCUCAGCCAAGACAGAAAAGGAAAAACAGGAGGGAUCGGCUGUAGUUCCUGAGAGAGAGAGAAGAAUAGAGGAGGUAGACUAUUACGAUACAGAGGAGGAACUCUCUGAAGACGAAAGUGGCGAUGAUGAAGAUGAUGAUGAUGGCGAUGUUGAGGUCGGCGAACCAGAAUUUUCUUCCACGACAGUCGAAGCCCAUGACACAGAGCAGAUGGAAAAAGACACGGCAAAGUUGUCGUUAGAUAGUGAAGAGCGAGGGGAGAGACUCUCCGGUCCCAACGACUGCGAUGUAUCGGAAGUGGAUUCCACGAGGGCCGACAACCAGAAGUCAAAUAUUCCAGACUCGUCAAACUCGGACGGCACCGCUAAUCUUUCGCAAAACGAGACGAGCAGUAAAACCGACGCUCCCGGCUCUGAGAGUCCGCUGGAAUCUGACCAGAACGACUCCGCCUCCUGCCCUUGUCAGCCUAGCGCUAGCACCGGCGCUGUCCAAAACAGCACCAGCACCAUCCAGAACAGCUCGGCCAUCGUGACGGCUGAGGAGCUCCUGAAUAUCUUCCGCCACCUGGCUGGGCCGGCGUCGCGCAAAGGGUCGCGGGAAGUGCAGACGAUCGGCAUGGUGGGCUACCCCAACGUGGGCAAGAGCUCCACCAUCAACGUCAUCCUGGAGGAGAAAAAACUGGCCGUAUCGGCCACGCCGGGCCGCACCAAGCAUCUGCAGGUUUGUGACUACAUCCCUCGGCAGGUUCUGGAGGCGACGUACAGCAUCAUGAUCCCCCGGCCGUCAGUGGACGACGACGCCAGCCGGCCACCCACAGCCGAGGAGCUGCUCAUGUCGUACGGAGCCAUGCGAGGGUUCAUGACCCCACGAGGUGUGGCCGACGCCCCCCGGGCCGCCCGCUACAUUCUCAAAGACUUUGUCAAGGGCAAGCUGCUGUACUGUGAGGCUCCCCCGGGCUUGUCGGGCACGGAGUUCCAGGACACAGAGAGACACCAGCAGCUGGUGGACGCACGCCCCGUCAGCAAGAUGAAGCAGAGCAAGGCCCACUCCAGAGGUGUGGGGGGGGUGGCGGACUUCGUGCGGACAGACACUCUCCAGCACAGCAGCCGGGCCACCGAUUCGCCGGGAACUCUGGGAUCUCUGGGAGCCGGUCGGGCGGGGAGCGUCGCUUCGCUGGACAGUCAGACGUCCACUGCAGCAGGGGGAGGCAAGUCGUGGAAGAAACACAACAACCGGAACAAGAAGGAGAAGCUGCGACGAAUUCACCGCGAUUUGGAUGUGUGAGGGGGGAGGGGAGAGUGUGGGAGGUGAUGGAUGCAAAGGGAUUGUACAGGUGUGUGAAAGAGAGAAAGUGAGAGAGGGACAGUGUGAAGGAGAGGGAGUGAGUGAGAGACAGUGUGAUGUGUGAGGGAGGGGGGAGGUAGAGAGUAUGGAAGGAAUGUGUGAGGUGAUUUGGGUCUGUAUGUGUGUAGAGUGGUUUUACUCGUGUGUGAAUAAAAUUUUUCAGGUGUGUAAGUGAGAGGGGAGAGAGAGAGUGAGAGGUGAUGGGGGCAAAGGGAUUGUACAAACAAGGUGUGUGAAGGAGAGGGAGUGAGAGAGAGAUAAAGUGGAGGUAUAUGUGGGGUGGUGGAAGUGUGUGUGUGUGAGGGUGAAGAAUGAUCUUAUCGGAGGUGGACUUUGAAUUCCGAGGUGCCGUGAUUAGAAAUAUGCAAUGAAUUGUGUGUUUUAUGCAUUUCCAUCUACACCUUUCAGAUCAUUUAGGAGGCCCCACCUGUGGGGGGGGGGGGGGGGGGAUGUGAUGGGUGUGUGAAAUGCUCACUCGGUAUUAAUCAAACUCACGCACGCCUUUUAUAUGGUGUUUACGGGGAUGGUUGCUGAGCUCUGUUGUACCGUAACGACUUUUAUUCUGUGGAAGUUUUCGGAGUUCUUCUUCCUGUGUAAAAUGUAACGCAUCAAAUCUGCUUUGUGAGGAAAGCUUCUUGAUAGCAAAGUGAGUUAUGCUGGCAAUUGAGUUACUUCUCGCAAUCCACGAAUGGAGAUGUUGGCCAAAAAUAGCUCACUGGACCAUCAAAUUUGUAGAUUUUCUUUUGAUGCCAUGUUCUUAAGUAUAAUAACAUGCCUUUAAUUAUUUCCUUCUUAUAAAUUGUAAAACCUUCACCUUUUAGCGUGAUGUAUAUUUUCCCAUAAGGCUUGAUUCGGAAAAGUAACUCAUUUUGUCAGCACGCUUCGUACGUAUACCAUUGUUCUUCGACAGUUUUUCAGAUGUUGAGACCAGUGCUGAUGGUGGAAUGGUUAGGUCGCUUCGCCAUUGCACGCAGAAGAUGAGAGUUCCAAUUCUUAUGUGGGGAGGUUUUUUUUUUUUUUUUAAAUCAAGAAUCUCCGUCUUUCUGUUGAGAUAUUGUAUCUCGCUCAGCCCAGAUUGACUCAAAGCAGCCGGUCUCCUGAAUGAUCUGAAUUGUGCGGACGUGGGUGUUCAGUGCAACUGCAAUUACCACACAGUGCUUUCUUGUCCUAUCUCCAUUCUUAAUACCUGUGAAAACAGUUCACAACAAAGAGUGAACCUAAGAAGAAGUCACAUUUUCACUGUUUAAAAAAAAAUAAAGAUACGAAAAGAAAGCACUGAGGUCGCGAGAUGUUGCACUUUAUUUGAGUCCUGCUUCUUUUGUUGUGUGGGAGUGAGACAACAAGGGGGGAUGUAACACUAUUAGUACUAUAUAUAUAGAUAUUUAUAUAUAUAUAUUUAUAUAUAUAUGACAUUGGCAGUUUUGUUGUUGACAGAAGACUAUGCGAGUUUAUGAUGGUGUUCAUGUUUCAUUAACAGCAUGACUUGAGAAAUUUCCUUAUAUGAAUAACAACUGUGAUUAUUGCCAACAAUA